AUCUGAACUUGCCAUACGUAGACCAAACUACAUAACAUCAAUGCCUCUAGGUACUGUAUACAAAAGCAUGUCGAGGCUCAGUCUUGAUUUCCAAUACAGUCUCUCGAGGAAGGUCUCCCGCAAGCAAUCCAAACUGCCGAGCAUGCCAUCGGCCAAGGACAGACCGAGCCUGAGAUCUGCUACCAGCUACCAAAAAGUUUACCAGCCGAAUGCAGAGGAGAUGAAGCGGGUGUUUGACAAGUUCGACUCCAACAGAGAUGGGAGGAUAUCGAUGGAGGAGUACAAGUCAGCGGCUCGGACUCUUCUUGGCAAAGAGGCUAAGGACCAGGAGCUGGUAAAGGCAUUUCGGAUGGCUGAUUCUGAUGGGGAUGGAUCCAUCGACUUCAAGGAGUUCAUGGAGAUGCAGAACGUUGGUGGCGGGAUCAAGUCGUCGGACAUCGAGGGUGCCUUCAAUAUGUACGACUUGGAUGGCGAUGGAAAGAUAAGCGCGGAAGAGCUGUGGGACGUGAUGAAGAGGCUGGGAGAGAAGUGCAGCUUAGAUUCCUGCCGGAAGAUGGUCCGAGAGGUGGACUCCGACGGGGAUGGAUGCAUCAACAUGGAUGAAUUCAUGAAUAUGAUGACUCGUACCCUGAAACCAAGCUGCUAGCUUGUUGUCCUUUGAGAUCAAAAUAAUUAACCCGGUACCGCGGGUUAUAGUGUGAUAGCUAGUGAUCUUAUUAUUGUGUAUUUGUAAUAAACCGAUGUCAAAACAAAAUUGGUCUCAACCUACUUAGUAGAGGAUACAUGUAAUCUUAUUACCGUAUAAAAGAAAAAUGGCAUAGCAUUAUCGUUUGUG